GUGGAGCCCCGCGAGUUAGGCGUAUAUAAGGCCGACCCAGCCCGGCCCAAGUCAGUCAUUCACCGGACUACCAGCCCACCACACACAAAAACCAAACAUGAAGGCCUUCAUCGUAUUCGCCUGCCUGUCAGUCGCGACGGCCCGCGCCGGCAUCGCUCACGGAGGCUACGGCGGCUACGGCGGAUACGGUGGUGGACACGGAGGAGCGGGACUUAGCGGUGGACUCGCCGCCGGCGCUGGCACUGCCCACGCGCUCCAGGGCGGCGCCUCGAGCCUCGGCUCCGGCGGACUUGGCGCCAACUACGCUGCGGGUGCCGCCUCGGCGGCUGGACAUGCGGGAGUUCAGCAGAUUGUCUCCGGCGGCGUUCUCGGCGGAAGGGCCGACAUCGGACCCGCUGAGGGUCCCAAGGCCAACGUAGGACCCCAGAGCGGCCCAUCCGACCUGGUGGGACCCCAGGAGGGAGCCAAGUCCAUCGGCGGACCGCGCACCGGACCAGCCAGCCUCGUUGGCCCCGCCGCCGGACCGUCGACGUUGGUCGGCCCGUCCCAGGGAACCGCCACCCUCGUCGGCCCGUCCCAGGCCACCGCUAACCUUGUCGGACCCAGCUACGGCGGCGUCGCCUUCUACGCUGGCUCCGGCGGCAUCAACGGCGACGACGGCAGCUCCGGCUCCGCCGCCGCGGCCGCGCCCGGUGGUCUUGGACUCGGAGGUGGCCUCGGUCUUGGAGGUGGUCACGGAGCCGGCGCCAUUGCCGUGAUCGGCGGUGGCCCGGGCAUCCACGGAGGAAUCGGCGGACACGACGCUGGCGUCGCAGUGAUCAACGGACCCAGCGGUGCCAUCCACGCCGGACUUGGCUCCCACGGAGCCAUCAUCCCCGGCGGCUACCAUGGCAAGUGGUAAUGCGGAUUAGAGUCAUCUCGGCGAUGAAAGACGACGGCGGCACACCAACCAUAGUCAUACCGGUCGAACGGAUACUCAAAGCGCGCUCACUUGUCUCAACUCUCUCUCUCUCUCUCUCUCUCUCUCUCUCUCUCUCUCUAUCUCUCACUUUUAGUCUCUUACUACUGUUCUCUCUCUGUUCUUCCUCUUUGCUCGACUUUUCUUCUUCUCUCUGUCUCUGUGCUAUCGUCUAUCUAUCUCUUCCGUGUGCGCGAGUCAGAGAUUUGCUGAUGGCGCGCGCCCCUGGCUGGCCCCCCGAAUCCCCGCGCUUUUCAACUCUUAGUCAGACGGACGCUAUAAUGGAGCGGCGAGCUUGCAGUCAUAACACGGUACACACACAACACGCUAAACUCUGUUCUGCCACCCCCCCCCCCCCUCAACCUUCAUGCCAACACACAAGCAACACACACGCAACACGGAGAGACGGAGAGGAAUAGGUGAUAAACGUGGUCGUCUUACGCACUCAGCUACUCGGAUGUGAGGACUAGGACGACGCGUCCACUAUUUAGUCAAUUGUCGGCUGAAACGUUGGAUCUCGUUGACUCGGGAUCCCGCGCGAGCGCUUCUUUUUCUUUGUUUUGUUUGUUCUCUGGAGAAAAAUUGCUACUUUUUGUUUGUUUGUCCCGCGCUCCGGUCCCGCGAGUGAUUCUGUGUGAAGAUGCUGUGGAGAUCGGUGAGCCUGAGCCACGGGCCUAAGUUAGCCGGAUGAGCCUCGACACACGUACACUCACGUACACGCACACACCCACACUCUCACACCAGCCAAACGAGUACACCAAAAAAUAAUUAAACUGAGAGAAAAAAAAAGCAGAAAAAAAAAUGAAGAAAACUCACCGAGUGCACCGCGCGUUGUAUAUGUGUUACACGUAUAUUUAGGCAACGAGUCGAGCAAGCGGAGCUAGUCGUUCUGUUUUUUGAGCGGUUGCAUCGCUUAUUAUCAUCACACCAACAUCAUCGUCACCGACCAAGAAAAACGAAAAAAACAAAAAAAGAAAAAAACCAAGAGAAAAAAAAUGGAGAAAAAAAAUUCCGCUCGACCCCGUUGUUGGCACGCGAAUGCCACGUGGUUUCUUUUCUUGUUUUCCUUGUAUUAUUGUAAUAUUAUCUGGAGGCGCAAGGCGCUCCCGCGCGCCCUGUUGUCCUCGGAUGUUGUUAUCCACCGCUGCACACAGACGCGCACGAUACACGCAGAAAAGGAAACGGCAACAGCAACACACGCACACUUGUCUCGUAAACUCGUCCAAUGUGCAUCGAAUGUGCCACACUACCUUAACUACUAUUACUAUUCUCUUCUCGACUCUUCUGUCUGUCUUCUGUCAUUCUCAUGUUUUUUAUAUAUUAUAUACGCAGAAUACACGUACUACACUACGGCUACAUGUGUAUACUCAUCCCCCGUUCUUUUUUAUACGUAUAUUAUAUACAUAUUACGCAUAUUACAGAUGUUAUGUUAUAGCGAAGAGGAGACCGGUAGAUUAUGGUAGGUUUUAAGCCGUGAUCCCCGCCCCCCUUCGCGAAUGAAUGAAUGUACAUAGAUGGCGCGCCGCCGCCGUGGUCCCGCGUGGACGCAAACCCGACCGCCCUCGUCAUACCCUUUCUAUGCGAUCACGACUAGCACCCAACCAACAACACCAACAUAGAUAGAUGCCACGUAUUUAUAGCGUUUAUACAUUUAUACAAUACUUUAUAUAAAAAUAAAGCAUCAGUAUUUAAAACUCAAUCUGUUCUAUUCGUUUUCGCUAAUUCUGCGCCCUUACCUACAUACAAACCUCCUUCUGUCAACUCCUGUCUUGCCUUCGUACCA